GCUAGGAAAGCGAUCUGGACCGACCAGAUGCUUACUGGCGUGGGACCUGGAGCUACCAGCGGCGCUUGUGAGACAGGAGCGGGAUCACAGCGUAGGUCUUGGCCUCUGCCCUGUGGCAACUCUGCCCUGUGCAGGGGAGCUGACAGGGUUAGGGGCCAUAGCAGAGGGGAAGAAGAACAGGACGCCGAAUCCUCUCAUCCCCCAGGCAGCAGGCAUGGGCUGCACCCAGACUCUAACUUCAGCUGGCCCUGGUGGCCCACAUGGGCAUAAGGUCUAUUUUUAGCUCUGCCACAGAAGCCCAGCCACCAAGCUACAGGGGUAGCCAGGGUUUCUCAAAGGCUGUUGGGGCAGAGGCAGGAGUGGGAGAGAUCAGCCUUGCUUCCUUCCACAUCACCCUUGGCCACCCCCAUGAGCCCAGACUAGUUCUCCGUGGUCUGGCAGACAGCCUGCCUCUGGGUCAAGGGCAAGGUCAGGGGGUGCCGCCACGAGGGCAGAUGGGCACGGUCUUGUGGUCUGGACAAGGGUUGCAUCAGCCCAAGCAGUGGCCCAGGGCAGAGGUCCCUGAUGAGAGGGCAAAGGCUGGCUAGGUUGUGGGAAGGCAUGCUCAGAAAGCCAGGGCCGCGCACAAGGGGUCAGUCCCACAGGUGGCCGAUAGUGAUAACGCUGUUUGAACUUAGGCAGGGAGCCUGCCUGCAAUGGGCCUCAGUCUCCCCAUCCAUGCAGUGAGAGUGCCGGACCAGAGCGCUGACUCUCGGGUCUUCUUUCCUGCCCUGGGGUCCCCCACCUUCCCUGUUUGCUACAGAAGUUCCUAACGUCCUUCUAGCCCUGGCUGUGGGUGGCCACAUGCCCCUGUGGAGGAGAAAGUCCUUUUGGCUGGCACUGUCAGUCUCCUGGCUCCUUCUCAUUCUCCUGGGAGUCUUCCCCCUUCGCCUGGCAGUGCCACCUGGACCUCUACCAGGGUGCUCCCAAGGCUGGCCCCGCUGGCUGGAUGCUGCCUUCCUACAGAGUUUCUCCCAGUCUGAGACACUCCCAAAAGAUGCUCCACAGCUUUCUCAAGCUCCCCGAGGGAGCAGCUGCACCUGGGGAGCCUGCUUUGACACCUCCAAAUGUAAGGGAAAUGCCCUCAAGAUCUUUGCACACUCCCCCGCUGGCACAACCACCGAGGCUCAUCGCAGGAUCCUGGACUCCUUGGAAGGCUCCCGAUACUAUGCGCUUAGCCCAACAGAAGCUUGCCUCCACCUCUUCCUCCCCAGCCAGGACCACACAUGCGGGCCCCUGCCUCCUUACUGGAAUGGAGGCCGGAACCAUCUGGUCCUCAGUCUGUACCCAGCUCCCUGCACCAGGUUGGGACAGGCGAUGGUAGCCGAGGCUAGCCCCUCCUUGGACAUCUUCCGACCAGGUUUCGAUGUGGCGCUCCCAUAUCUUCCUGAAGCUCACCCAUUGCAAGGUGGGGCUCCUGGCCAGCUGCAGCAGCAUAGUCCCCAGCCUGGGGCCACCUUAUUGGCAGUAGCAGAGGAGAAGGGCAGGUGGCGAAUCAUAGACACCCAUGCCUCAACCUGCCCUUGGGGCAAGCACUGUGAGCAAGACCCUGGACUCCAUCAGACCCACCCAGGAGAAACACUACCCAAUGCCACCUUCUGCCUCAUUCCUGGCCACCGAUCUGCCGCCUCCAGCCUCCUCCAAGCCCUUCAGGCCGGCUGUAUCCCGGUGCUCCUCAGCCCGCGCUGGGAGCUGCCUUUCUCUGAAGUCAUCGACUGGACCAAGGCAGCCAUCAUUGCUGAUGAGAGGCUCCCAUUACAGGUCCUGACUGCCCUCCGUGACAUGCUCCCUUCGAAGAUUCUUUCCCUGCGCCAGCAGACCCAGUUUCUGUGGACAGCUUACUUCUCCUCAGUGGAAAAAGUCAUCCACACCACACUGGAGAUUAUUCAGGACCGGAUCUGGGGUACAUCGGCUCACCCCUCACUGAUGUGGAACAGCCCCCCGGGAGCACUCCUGGCUCUCCCUACUUUUUCCACGAGCCUGAAGGAUUUCCCCUUUUAUCACCUGCAACAGGGCUCCAGCCCCGAGAGCAGUUUCAGCGCCCUGAUCUGGGUGGGGGUCUCUAGCGAGCCUCUGCUGAAGCUUAUCCAGGUGGUGGCAGGUUCCCGGUACUGUGCCCAGAUCCUGAUCCUCUGGAGCAGUGAGAAGCCACCUCCUGACAGGUGGCCGGAGACAACGGUGCCCUUGACAGUCAUUGAGGGGCGCAGGAAGGCCAGUGACCGAUUCUUCCCAUACGGUGACAUCAGCACCAAUGUCAUCCUCAGCCUUGAUGCCCACAGCACUCUUUCUACCAGUGAGGUGGACUUUGCUUUUGUGGUGUGGCAGAGCUUUCCCGAGAGGAUGGUGGGCUUUCUGACACAGAACCACUUCUGGGAUGAGGCCCGGGGUGCCUGGGGCUACAGCACUGAGAUGGCCAAUGAAUUCUCCAUGGUCCUCACUACAGCCGUCUUCUACCACAGGUAUUACCACACCCUCUUUACCCACUCCCUACCGAAGGCCCUGAGGACCAUGGCAGAUGACACUCCCACCUGCGUGGAUAUCCUGAUGAACUUCCUGGUAGCAACUGUCACCAAGCUGCCCCCUAUCAAGGUGCCUUAUGGCAGGCAGCACCAGGAGGCUGUUCCACUGGCCGCUGAGGGACCUGGACCCGUGCCAGAGCCUCAGCCUCUGGCUCAGGACUGCUUCAGCCGUGUGGCAGCAGGGUUCGGCCACAUGCCUCUGGUGUCCUCUCGAGUGCGGCUGGAGCCGGUGCUGUUCAAGGACCCGGUGUCCGUGCAACGCAAGAAGUACCGCAGUCUAGAGAAGCCCUAGGUAAAGCGCUGCACUGCCUGCUGGACGGGUGCCCUGAAGGGCGGGGUCUCCCCCUGGCUGCGGCGGGACUGCGUUUGGCACAGGCCAGGGCACAGACUGAUCCCGAAAUGCCUUUCUCUGCAUCUCUGCCCCAUCCUUUCCUGAUCCGCAUGCCCACUCACCUCCUUGGUGGUCUCGAAGCCCUGGCACAACUCAGCGCUGAGUGCUUGAGCGUGCCGCCCGGCUCCGGUCUGGGAGCUCGGGAGGGCGGAUCAUCCUGCUCCCCUCUUUGGUCUGGAAGGUGCAUACUAAAUAUUUGGCCCAUAGCUACAAGGCUACAAGAGUAUUAACUGGAUGCCAGCGUGGUCGAACAUGGGCAGAGUGUGCACAAGACAAAACUCCAUCCCCUGCCUUAGAGUUCCUAGUCCACGAAGAAAACAGACAUCCGUAGACAUCAA